AUGGGUUUAGGAAAAAAACAGAUGGAGCAGCUGGGAGCAUUUUCUUUAUCGGCAGCGGCGUAUGGAGUUGGUUCGUUAGUCGCUCUACUGUAUGUCACUGAAUGGAAAGCGGUUUGCAAAUACAUUCCUUUUUAUAAUAUGGCAGAAAAGUUUCGAGAUCCUUUACCUCCACCUAAACCAAAACCUACAUAA